AUGCACAAAAUGAAGAACUUUAAGCGCCGCUUCUCACUGUCAGUGCCCCGCACCGAGACCAUCGAGGAGUCCUUGGUCGAGUUCACAGAGCAGUUCAACCAGCUCCACAGCCGGCGCCAUGAGGGCCUGCAGCUCCGUCCUCUGGGCAGAGACCCCCAGCCAGAGUCCAGCACCUUCUCCCCCGCAGACAGAGGGGAGGACCCCGGGCAGCUGUCCCCUGGCAUGCAGUACCGGCGGCAGAACCAGCGUCGCUUCUCCAUGGAGGUGAGGGGCUCCAGGCUCUACGACACAUCCACAGAUGUAUGCCCAGGAAGCUACCCUGGAGCAAACACUGGCGCCCCUGUCUCAUCCUGGCCACUGCAGGACGUCAGUAAGAGGCUCUCUCUGCCCAUGGACAUCCGUCUGCCCCAGGAGUUCCUCCAGAAGCUGCAGCUGGAGAGCCCAGACCUGCCCAAACCGCUCAGCCGAAUGUCCCGCCGUGCCUCCCUGUCAGAUAUCGGCUUUGGGAAACUGGAAACAUACGUGAAACUGGACAAACUGGGGGAGGGAACCUAUGCCACAGUCUUCAAAGGGCGCAGCAAACUGACAGAGAACCUCGUGGCCCUGAAGGAGAUCCGGCUGGAACAUGAAGAAGGCGCGCCCUGCACUGCCAUCCGAGAGGUGUCUUUACUGAGGAACCUGAAACAUGCCAAUAUUGUGACCCUGCAUGACCUCAUCCACACGGAGCGCUCCCUCACUCUGGUGUUUGAGUACCUGGACAGUGACCUGAAGCAGUAUCUGGACCACUGUGGAAACCUCAUGAGCAUGCACAACGUCAAGAUUUUCAUGUUCCAGCUGCUCCGGGGCCUCGCCUACUGCCACCGCCGCAAGAUCCUGCACCGGGACCUGAAACCCCAGAACCUGCUCAUCAACGAGAGAGGGGAGCUGAAGCUGGCCGACUUCGGACUAGCCCGGGCCAAGUCAGUGCCCACGAAGACCUACUCCAAUGAGGUGGUGACCCUGUGGUACAGGCCCCCCGACGUGCUGCUGGGGUCUACGGAGUACUCCACCCCCAUCGAUAUGUGGGGCGUGGGCUGCAUCCAUUACGAGAUGGCCACAGGGAGGCCCCUCUUCCCCGGCUCCACUGUCAAGGAGGAGCUGCACCUCAUCUUCCGACUCCUCGGGACCCCCACGGAAGAGACGUGGCCUGGUGUGAUGGCCCUGUCCGAGUUCCGAGCAUACAACUUCCCCCAAUACCUGCCCCAGCCACUCAUCAGUCAUGCUCCCAGGUUGGACACUGAUGGCAUCAACCUCCUGACCGGCCUCCUCCUGUACGAAUCCAAGAGUCGCGUGUCAGCAGAGGCGGCCCUGAGGCACCCCUACUUCCGGUCUCUGGGGGAGCGUGUGCACCAGCUCGAAGACACUGCUUCCAUCUUCUCCCUGAAGGAGAUCCAGCUCCAGAAGGACCCAGGCUACCGGGGCCUGGCCUUUCAGCAGCCAGGGCGAGGGAAGAGCCGGCGGCAGAGCAUCUUCUGAGCUAUGCCCACCCUGCUGUGGCCCAAGGGACGAGAGGUCACACUGAGCACAAUUGCGGCAGGAUGGGGCCCGUGUGGCCUCGGAGGACUGA